AUGUAUGGUUUACGUCGCAUUGGUGAGCUAGCUGCUAAGACCCAUGGACAGGAAGUGAAAGACUUCAUUGUGAACGACUUUUACGUAGACGACGGCUUGAAAUCUUGUGCAACUACUUAUGAGGCAGUCAGCCUCAUACACAAAACUCAGGAUGCCAUGAAGGAGUAUGUUUCUAGUGAAAACAAACCGUCUACAAGGAGAGGUGUACUUUCUGUUGUGAACCGUCUUUAUGAUCCUCUCGGAUUCAUCGCCCCAGUUAUUGUUCAGGGCAAGAUCAUUUUGCGGAAAGUAGUGUCAGACACGUCAGACUGGGAUGAAGCCCUACCUGAUUACCUACUUGAAGAAUGGGAGAAAUGGAAGAAUGACUUACCCGACUUGGAAAAGUUACAAAUUCCUCGAGUGAUUGUUCCUAAUCUGAGCGAAGCACAUAGGAAAGAACUACUCAUUUUCUGUGAUGCGUCCGAACUAGCCAUAGCUGCUGUUUGCUAUUUAAAGGUGCACUAUCCCGAUGGUUCUACUUCUCAAGGCUUCGUUUUAGGGAAAGCGAAAGUGGCCCCUGUCAGUGGACAUACAAUCCCUAGACUAGAACUUUGUGCCGCGGUACUUGCUGUAAAUGUAGGACAAACAGCAAAAGAACAGCUAAAGAUAGAAAUAGACGAUGUGAAAUAUUUUAGUGACAGUCGGAUUGUGUUAGGAUACAUAAACAAUGCUAAGAAACGAUUUUUUGUGUACGUCGCUAAUACGUAUUGCUCACAUUCUCAGUCUCGUGAUCCAUCACAAUGGUCCUACAUACGUAGUGAAAUUAACCCAGCAGAUAAAACAGACAUCAUAACUUCUGAAGAACAUUUUCCUCUUGUGAGUCCCGAGGAAGACAAGGAAAUCCGCUGUAACAAAACUGACAUUGAGACAAAAUCAGCUUACGGCCUGAGCAAUGAUUUCCUUACAAAAUUCUCAAAGUGGAACAAACUUGUAGCAGUGGUUGUUAAAGUUUAUGGAUUUAUUCAGAAGUGUCGUAAAGCAGAGAGCAUGAUGAGUGAUGUUGACCUUCUGUGCAAAGCUGAAAUGGUCAUUAUCAGAGACAUUCAGCAGAAAUUCUAUUCUGAGGAAAUUGAAAACUUACAGGACUCUAAACCUUUGUCAAAAAACAGUCCUAUUCAAAAACUAGACCCGUACAUUGACAGUGAAGGCAUUUUACGUGUUGGUGGUCGUUUGCGAAACCUCAGUGCUGAUGCUUCAUUCAAAAAUCCAAUGAUUCUACCUGCAAAACAUCAUGUAACUACUCUUAUCGUCAGAAAACUUCACUCAGAUGUCAAACACCAAGGACGUCAUAUUACAGAGGGUCAUAUUCGUUCAUCUGGAUUUUGGAUCGUUGGAGGUAAAAGACUUGUGUCAUCUGUCCUUCAUAAGUGCAUCACUUGCAGGAAGCUUAGAAAAGUACCAGAAUACCAGAAAAUGUCUAACUUACCUGAGGAUCGUCUCAUACCAGGACAACCACCCUUCUCUAACGUUGGAGUUGACAUUUUUGGACCGUGGAACAUUAUCACACGACGUAACAGAGGUGGCGCAGCAAACAGUAAAAAGAUGGGCUGCUCUAUUCACUUGCCUCGUUACCAGGGCUGUACAUAUCGAAGUCAUAGAGGAAAUGACAUCAUCUUCAUUCUGGAUUUAUCGCCAUUCGGGUCUUUCGAUCUGACAGAGGAACAAAUUUCAUUCGUGCUGCCAGUUUCAAUGUGA